AUGGUAUUAUUUAUUAAUUUUUUUUAGACUAAAAAAUUUGCACAUUUGAUUUUUAUUAAGGGGGAUAGAUAAAAUACAUUACCCAGAAACCCUUGCAUGCACGUGAUUGGUCCGCUGAAGAAUGACGAGCUGUGAUGCAACCAGCCGGCGCGCGGGACUUUUCAGCAUAUGAUUCCGACUUUAUCGAGCUCAAUUAUCUCAGGGGUGGCACAGACCGGGAUGGCAGGGUUGUUGGAGCACCCGGGGUAUGAUGGAGAGAAGCUGCGGAGAGUGUCGGAGCAGCUGCCCUGUCGGGAGGUCCAGGCUGGGAUGCUGCUGUCACUCAUGGGGGAGCCGCAGCAGUACUGCUACCCCUCACUUUUCAUCUACGGUCAUCGAGCAUCAGGAAAAAGUCAUGUGGUGAACGUUUUAAUGAAGGAACUGGAGCUUCCUCAUGUCACUGUCAGCUGUGUGGAAUGCGUCUCCGUUGCGCUGCUGUUUGAACAAGUGCUGCUGUCUUUCUUCGGUUGCGACGCUGCAUCGCUGCUCCCCCGCAGCCCUUCCAUCUCGGACUUUGUUCGCAUUUACAAACAGCAAACCUCCGAGUUUCCUAGCAAGCAGACGCGAUACAUCGUAACGGAGCAAGCUGAACUUCUGAGAGACGCCAACGUCAAUCUUCUUCCCGCUCUCCUCCGCCUUCAGGAGCUGGUGGAGGACAACGUCAGUGUCAUCCUGCUGAGCGAAAUCGUUUGGGACAAGUUCAGACCAAACACCGGCUGCUUCGAGCCUCUGCUGCUCCACUUCCCCGACUACAGUAAAGCUGAGCUGCUGCACAUCUUAUCUGCACACAGACAUCCUUCAUAUUCAGCAGAGUUUUACUCCUCCUACAUCAACAUCCUGCUGGGAGUUUUCUACGCCGUCUGUCGGGACCUCAGAGAGCUUCAACACCUGGCGGCGCUCAACUUCUCAAAGUUCUGUGAACCAGUCGCAGCGGGGAAAGUAAAAGAGACGGAAACACACAAGCUGUGGAAAAACAUUGAGCCUCAUUUGAAGAAAGCCAUGCAGACAGUUUACCUUCGAGAGGUUUCCAGUCUUCAGUGGGAGCAAAUGGAUGAACACGAGACCGGAGCCCUGAGAGGUUUAUCAGCUCACACUCAUGUUGAGCUCCCAUAUUACUCCAAGUUCCUGCUAAUCGCUGCCUAUCUGGCCUCCUACAACCCCGCCCGCACAGAUAAACGCUUCUUCGUGAAGCAUCACGGAAAAAUAAAGAAAACAAACUUCUUGAAGAAAAAUGAAAAGACCAGUAACCACCUUCUAGGGCCGAAGCCUUUCCCUCUGGACCGCUUGCUGGCCAUUUUCUACAGCGUGGUGGACAGCCGGGUCGCUCCGACCGCCAGCAUCUUCUCCCAGAUCUCGUCUCUGGUGACGCUGCAGCUGCUGACUCUGGUCAGUCACGACGACCAGCUCGAUUCUCCAAAGUACAAAUGCGCCGUUUCCCUGGACUUCAUCUCUGCCAUCUCCAGGACGGUGAACUUUGAUAUUGUGAAGUAUCUGUAUGAUUUCCUGUGAGGCUGCGGCGCGUGAAGGAGAGACGACACGCAGUGACAGUAAGAUAAAGAGAUUUAUUUCUGAAGACGAGUGUUUGGCUGACUCUGCUGUUGGCUGGAAAUGCUCUGAACGUUUCGCUGCCACCUUGUGGCUAAUCGGUGACCUCAAUGUUAAGUUUAAUUUGUGCAAAAUAAAUAAACAUAAUGCUGCAGUAGUUUUAACUCACUUUCUCUCUAAGUUUUGCCUUUUCUAUCAGAGGAAAAAUAUUCAGUAUUUAUUUAUUCAUGAGAUGAAAAGCUCAGAAACAUUUAGUUUCAAAAAUGCAAAUGAAGAUGACUUCGCCUUUCUUGACGUAAAGUAAUUCUGGCAACAUCCAGGAUGACCUUUGCCCUUCCUCCCAGGCAUAAAUGCACCUCUUUGCUUUGUAGUUUCACCCUUUUUUAUUUUUAUUUUGUCCUGACCUAACCUUGGACUCAUUGAUGCACAUAUUACUCAAAUUCUUUUGAACUGAACAAAGUAACGUGUGCUUUUUUUGUUUACACCACCUCUGCAAUUUCAGUUGUUUACAUUUUUUUCUUCUUCUGCAUUUCUUGUUAAUAUAAGAUGAGGAAAAUAAACAUCCAGUCUGCUUUGCCUUAGUUGAUAAUUUAGUGCAAAAUCUACAAAACUUAUAUUUUAAUCUCGUCCUCAUUUUGUCAUUAACAAUCUUUCACUGUAUUGAGUUUUGUUUGCAUUUUUUCCAUGUUCAACUUUAAUUUUCUCUCAUUUGUGUUACAUGCAUGUUCUGCUUAGCUUGUUUUAAACAUGGGCAAAUUGGUAGAUAAAAAGCAAGUUCAAAAGAAAGUGCAGUAUAUAUAUUUAUUUAUAGACACUUUUCCUUCAGGUAAAUGUCUCAAAUACUUGUUGGUCAGAUAUUUGUUUAUAUGACAGAAAAAUGCUGAAACAUUUAAUCUGAUUCAUCAAAAUAACUAAAAAAUGUACUCAUUUUCUUGCUUUAAACAAUAAAAAUUAAAACUGCAUUCAUAA